AUGGCUUGUUUCUGCUGGUGCAAAAAGCCUUGCUCUCCUGUUAAACAACCCUCUGUACCCCGGUCACCUGCCAAAAACCCUUCCCCAGUGAAAUCCUCUCCAGUGGUGUCCCAGCCUAGUUCUCCCUCUCUUACCAACCCUCUGGACCGUCAUGGAGACACCAGUCAGGAGGGCACAACAGUCAGACCUCUGUCUCUGCAGGAACACUCUAGUCCAAUGCCCCAGAGACCAGUCUCAGCCACCAGAAACAUGACUCUUCCCAGGACCAGCUCAGCCACCAGAAGUAUGACUCUUCCCAGGGCCAGCUCAGCCACCAGAGGGUCAGAAGAGACCCAGGGGGCCAGAGGAGAACGGGGGGAACUGGUCAACAUGGAACUUCUUGGGUUGCCUAACAUUGGCAACACUUGCUUCCUUAACGCCACCCUGCAGUGCCUCCUGGUCCUGCCGUCCUUCUCAAAGGAAAUCCUGCACCAGGAACAACUCUGGAGCUCCUCCCCCUUCUCCAACCUGCUCAGGUGUCUGUCUGAUGUGCACCGUUCAGGUCUACCUGACAGUGUGGCAAACCAGGCCUCAAAAGCAGACCUCAUGUGGAAGGUCAAGUACUCCUUGUCGGGAUACGAUUUGAAGUAUCUGGGGGACACGCAACAGGACGCACACGAGUUACUCGUCAAUAUGCUGUGCCAGCUGAAGGAGGAGGGCAUGAUUCUGAAGACACUCGGGAUGAACUAUACCUGCCCUGUUUCCCAGCUGGAGUUCCAGCUUGUGUCGGUGCGCAAAUGUACCAGCUGUGGGCGCGAGUCGUCUACCAGAGAGGACUACAACCACCUCUCAUUGGACAUCAGCCCUGAGCGCACCUUGCUGAACAGCCUAGCACUCACUUUCAAAAGUGAACAGGUUGAAUUCACAUGUGAGGGCUGUAAAGGCCUCCACGCCUCAAAGGUGGAGCAGUUCCACACACUGCCUCUUGUGCUGGUUCUGCAUCUGAAGAGGUUUGGAGGACCUGGGGGGUUGGAGAAGCUGGAGGCUCCUCUUUUGUUUCCUUCGGAGCUGAGGCUCUCCACCCUCUGUGGGGACAUGGUGCCACACCUGCACAGUGCCAGCCCACAGGCCCUCACCAACCAGGCCCCCAGCAUCCAGGGGUCCAUCCCCCAGACCCUCGCCAGCCAAGUCUCCAGACCACCUGGAGAGGCCAAAGACAGCGCCCUCUGCUGUUCAGAAGCAGAAGCCAGUACAGUCAGUGAAUGGUUACUACCAGCUGACUGGCGUAAUCUCUCAUUUGGGAGGCUCCGCAAACUCCGGGCAAUAGAGCAGGAGGCCCCAGCACACAGGGCCUAA